GUAGCGCCAUCUUGCGAUCAGCGGCGGUCAUGCAGAGAUGCGUAACUCCUCCUUUAUCAUCGUCAUCUUCAUCGUUUCCCUUUCAUUGCAGGACUUUCUUUCCGUAAACACUGACAGCAGAGCUUUCAUGUGAAGCGAACUCAUGACUUGCGUUACAAUAACUGGAUCUGGAGUGGGCUUGUAGAUCAGAGACUGAUCCGCUGAGUGAAUCCGCUGCGUUUACUUCAUCGCCUCGAUGGUCAAGUUUGGCUGGUCAUCAUGAUGCUUUCACUCCUCGGUGGGCCAGAGGGAGCAUGUGGGAGUCACAUGAGUGCGGGAGAUGAGCAGUAAACAGGCCGUCCCAGCAUGAACAGCACAACUCAGCCUCCUCACUCCAUCAGCGGAGACGUGGCCGUGGGCUACGUUCUCGUGCCCUUCUUCCUCAUCACCGCCAUCGGGAUGGUGGCCGCAGCGGUGAUGUACAUAAGGAGGAAACGCAGGAUCGACAGACUCCGCCAUCAGCUUCUUCCAGUCUACACGUAUGACCCGACAGAAGAGCUGAAUGAGGCCGAGCAGGAGAUCCUGUGGAAGGAGGAGGACACAAAGGUUGUCCAGGGUUGGAUGAGGACCUACCAACAGCGCAGACCUUUGCUGCCGAAGGAUCCUGACGCAUGAAAAAGAUUCACAGGAUGGACGUUUCUGAGCAAUAAACUACUGCGUUUGCCCACUGAAGAUGGGUCGAGAAGAGCUUUAGUGAUGUGGCAGAUCUGGAACCUCAGGUCUCCGCUCGCUCAACAUGAAGUGCAGCUUUGCUGAUUUGCCGCUGUGGCGAUUAUAUUUAUUUUGGUUUUAUGUAUUCUGCUGAUGUUCUGUGCUAUUAAAUCCUCAUGAAAGAUGAUCUUCA